AGUCGGCUGACCGCCAUCGCGGAGAGCGCUCGUUCGUACGCCGGAGAUGCACAAAUAUAUCGCGAGAAUUUACUAUCGUCGUCCGUGAUUUUGGAGUUUAAUACGCGAAUUCAUGUCUAAAAAAUACAUUACGGUAGAAUAAGGCUUUAAUUAUGGUUCAAACGUCAAUAUGAUGUUCCGGAAAAUCGUAAUAAGUGUUAAUCAUAGUGCCGAGAAUGACAAAUGAAUUCGGACAGUGUUUAAAUGUGAACUUUACUUAAAAUGUUUCUCAAAGUGUAAUAAAGUUAACCGUAAAUAUAAUAACGCAUAUUGUGAGCAGUGCAACAGUGCAGUGUCAAAAAAAUGUUCCAAGUGAACGUUAAGAGAAACAUGUGAAAAUGAACGAAAUCAAUUUGAAAUUCGUCUUUAUGCCUAUCAAGAUAAGAAUUAAGAUGUAAUACAAUGUUGGAAUGUAUACGGCCCGUGAACAUUGUAGUACACGCGGCAGCCAAAUUUGGGAAGCAUCGUGUGAGGAGCACCGGCCAGUUUUUGCUGAUACUUCUCGUCUUACAUUUUAUAAGAACCAGUUCAUCGGGCGGUAUAUCUCUUGGAGCGCAUCUCGUCUGCGCGAAGGCCCCUGGUCUGACCGACAAACAACGCGCCAUGUGUCGGUCUUCUCCAUCGGCUAUAGCCGCAAUCGGUGAUGGACUUAAGAUGGCAUAUGAAGAAUGCCGGGCUCAAUUGAGCGGCCACAGGUGGAACUGCUCAGGAGUGGGAGACGGAAAUCACUUCGGGCACGUUAUGCCGUUAGCAACGCGUGAGGCGGCUUUUACGUACGCCAUCACAUCGGCGGGGGUCACCCAUGCUUUGAGCAUGGCCUGCGCUCGUGGGGAGCUGCCUGGUUGUGGAUGUACAGGAAAUAAGAGGCGUACGAUAAACACAAUCGAGCAGUUCCAAUGGGGCGGAUGCGGUUCCAGUGCGUACGGCGCUAGGUUAGCCCGGCGGUUUUUGGACGCGAGAGAAUUGGAACGAGACGGCAGAACCCUCAUGAACCUCCACAACAACCGGGUCGGAAGGAAGGUGAGCGAGGUGGUAAAGGACCUAGUUCAUCGCGAGUGCAAAUGCCACGGCGUCUCGGGCUCCUGCGCUAUGAGGACUUGCUGGCGGGCGCUACCGCAGUUCAGGGCUGCGGCUGCCACCCUGCGGGACAAGUAUAAGCGAGCGAAGCUAGUUAUGCCGCACCCAGCAACGAAUCCACAGGACAUUAACGUUCGAACACACCUCGUAAUAAAACGACAAAAGCACCCAGGUCUCGGUCGACAGCCCAGGAAAUCGGAGCUGGUGUUUCUCGAACAGUCACCUUCCUACUGCGAGCCUGAUACUGCAGCAGGAUCGUUUGGAACUCACGGAAGGAUAUGCAAUAGGACGUCAAGAGGUGAGGACGGCUGCGAGACCCUAUGCUGCGGACGCGGGUACAGCACGACCCGCAGCGUUGAGGAGACAAAGUGCCGCUGCCAGUUCCACUGGUGCUGCAACGUCACGUGCAGCAAAUGCGUGACGACAGUGGAAACGCACCUUUGUAAUUAGCUCCCGAUUAACAAAGAUAAGAAACACACAACAACGCUACAUCAUGAGACUUACGCGCUGCUUAUUCGGUGGUAGAUUCUGCGAAGCACUGCUCUUGCUAGGGUCAGUGUUAGCAACACUCCGGUUUGAGCCCCGUGAGCUCACCUACACACGUUAGGGUGAAGCUGAAAUAGCCUCUCAAGGCUAUCAGCAUAGGUAGAGAGAAAGCUACAUUAUACUUGCCAAUUUACUACGCAAAAUCUAGUUACGAUCAUGUUCAACAUAUGGAGGGUAGAAGAAAUGAAGGGCAUCAUCUUGUAUAGGGGACAAAAUGUUAAAGUGUCCACUUCUAAGUUAUUGUUGGAAGACUCAACGAAAUUGGGCUAGUGUAGGAAAGAUAUAGCAGAUUUAAACCGAGUGAAGUGUUUUGAAGUUUGAAAAACUUUUAGUUUUCUUAAAUUAUGUUGUUAAAAAUUAUGCAGUACCUAUUUAAAAUCGCAACUAUGUAUUUUUAUUACUAUUUACUGUACAGGAAGAGAUUAUUUCCUUCUGAAUUUAAUAUCCUACUUUAAUAAUGUUGCUUAGUGACAAAGUGUUACUCUGGAUUUCAUAUUUCCUGAAAGUAGGUACUCAUUGUAUUUUUACUUUUCUAAUUUCAAGAUGUUGUCAACUAUUGCACUGUCGAUUGCACCUUUAAUUAAGGUGACAUCUGUCAUGAUACUUACUGUCAAUUUGUCAAUGUUUUGUAUUGAUGAUCACUGUUGGUGCAACUAAAUAAAUAAAUAAAUAGUUUAUGAGGCUCUUUUUAAAAUCUUUCCACUUGCUACUAUGGCGCCACUUAAUUAGCCCUCUUACAACGGAAACUUUUUAAUAUAUUUAGACGGUGAUCCUUACUUCUACCCUCCAUAUUUUAACGACUAUGACCCAAAA